AUGGAAGAUGCUCGUAUUUGGAGGGCUAGUUGUUUGAUGACUGAGAUUCGUAGGAUUGGUGCUCAUUAUACUUGGUCUAACAAGCAGAUGGAAUGGUCCCGAAUAUUCUCUAAAUUGGAUAGGGCUCUUAGUAAUGAAGCCUGGGUUGAUGCUUUCCAAAACUCAGAGGAUAAUUUUAAUUGGGAUGUUCUUUCAGAUCAUUGUUAUUGUAUUAUUAAGAUUGUAAUUAGUCAGAUUUUAGGGGUAAAACCUUUCAAAUUUUUUAACAUGUGUUCUAAACAUGAGGAUUUUAGAGACACUGUUCUUAAAAGCUGGUCUAUGAAGGUUCUUCGAUCUAAUAUUCUGGGUAUUGUACAGAAACUGAACAGAUUGAAGGUGGUUUUGGCUCAGUUUAAUAAACAUCAAGUUGGUGAUGUCAUUAUUCGUUACUUAGCUGCCAAGGAAAAGUUUCAACAUGCUCAAUUUAUGCUUCAGCAGGAACCGCACUCUACAGGAUUUCAGCAAGCAGAACAUGAAGUGUGUAUAGAAUUUUCUCGCCUAUCUAAAAUGUAUGAGAGUUUUCUUCGGCAAAGGAGCAAGAUCACAUGGCUGAGAUUUGGAGAUGACAAUACUUCCUAUUUUUAUGUUAGUCUUAAGCAGAGGUCAGCUUGUAAUAGGAUUACAACCUACUUGGAUGAGCAUGGUAAGAUUGUUGACUGCUAUGAUGAUGUGGUUAAUCAUUUUAAGGGUUUUAUGGGUAGUCCUAGUACAGCUAUUUCUAGGAUUCAGCAAGAUAGUUUUAAGUUUGGUUCUAUUCAGAAUUUAGACCAGCACCUCAGUUUAGUUAAGCCUUUUUCGAAGAGGGAUGUAAAAAUGACCAUGUUUAGUAUUCACUCAGUAAAAGGUCCUGGUCCUGAUGGGUUUGGUUCAGGUUUUUUCAAAUCCAUGUGGAGAGAUUUGGGGGAAGAGAUUUCCACUGCUAUGCUUUGUGUGAGAUUGACCACUGUACUUCCUUUGCUUACUCAUCAGAACCAGGGAGCAUUUAUUAAACAUAGAUCAUUGGCGCAUAACAUUUUCAUUCUCCAAGAUCUCCUCAAAGGAUAUUCCAGGAAUAAUAUUUCAACUAGAUGUUUGAUAAAGAUGGAUGUAAGCAAGGCUUAUGAUUCCAUUGAUUGGUAUUUCUUGGAGGAUUUGUUGAAUGCAUUACAUGGGGGAUUCAGUGGAAUGAAAGGUUUGCGUCAAGGAGACCCCAUUUCUCCUCUUCUAGUUGUAUUGAUUAUGGAGUAUCUUACUAGAUUGCUUGCUCAGGCUGCUCAACAUAAGGACUUCAGGUUUCACCCGCUCUGUAGAAAGUUGAAUCUUGUCAACCUUUGUUUUGCGGAUGAUCUCAUCCUAUUUUGCAAGGGUUCCUUUAGGUCAGUUCAAAUUCUUCACGCUGGUUUUAGCAAAUUCAGUCAAGAUUCUGGUCUCACUAUGAACUUAUCUAAAUCUCACAUCUAUUUUGGUGGUGUUCAUUCAGAUGAAAAGAGGAGAAUCAUGGAGUGCUUAAAGAUUGAGGAGGAUUCUUUCCAUCUAAAAUAUCUGGGAAUGAGAUUGAUAGAUUAUGCAGGAACUUCUUAUGGGGAGCAAAGGGUAACCGGAGCAAGCUGCAUUUUUCUUCCUGGGAGCAGGUUGUUUGGGUUAGUUAGAUCAAAUCUGAAAGUUGAUGAGAAGAGAUUGCUUGAUUACAUUUAG